GGAAGUGCGGGAAUCGCCGUCCACAAAUGUCCACCGCCUUGGCUGCCCGCCGCCUGCUGGCGCCUCAUCGAUCCAUUGCGGCCGCCGCCAGGAUUCCUUUUCGCUGCCGUUCCUCGCCAUUUCUGCCUCAUCCCGUGAUUUCAUCCAUGCAGGCGGGCCUCGCUGUCGCCUCUCGUCAUGUAUUGGGCUCCCACCGGUCCCCUGCGCUCGCCGCCACCGCCUCCCCCUCUCCCUACGCCACCCAAUUCCAGCAGCGGCUUGUGCAUCGACGGCUCCUCACAAGCCCUGCUGCUGACAUUCUUCUGCAGCGAUGGGAGAAGAAGAGAUAUCGGCUCGUCAGCAACUGUGGCGUGCAGUGUGUGAUGGAUCUGCUGAGGAACUGGUUUGAGGUGCAGAGGACCUACGAGUUCGCCCAUGCUGACCUUGCCGUGCGGCCCUUUGGUGUGGGUGAGGACCUGUGGCUGCCGGUGCAAGUGAAGACGUGCAAGCAGAAAAGUAGCAGCGGCGGUCGCGCUUGGUUCUUUCACCUUGUUCAGCAGUACGCCGGCAUGCCCGUCGUCUGUGUGGCUCUGCGAGAGUAUCGCAUCUGGUGCUACGACGGAUCCAUGCUGAAGGAAGAAGGCGGCAAGUCGGGUCAUAUUGCCAUCUCUGAGAACGGCAAGUGGGACCAUGAGAAAUUUCGAUGCUCAGCGACGCUUGAGGGCCAGGAAUCUCUGGCACAUAAGCUGCUGCUGGCCUAUCAUGACACCGCAUUUAUCAAGGACUCGCUGGGGAACAUCAUGAGGCAGCGGUCUGAGACCCAUCAGAAGGGCGAGGAAUCCGUUGCCGCAUGGGCCCCUUUGCUGUCUGCUGCUGGUAUGGACAUCCGUCCACGCCAGCUCCGCUACGAGGACACGCCUGUCGAUGCCGUCUGGCGGUGGAAUGGGAAGAAAUUCCUCGUUCAGCACAAACAAGCUGUCCUUCACUCCGGGGUCAAGGACGGCUCAUAUUGUUGUCCUUCAGAAGAGUGCCGGCAGGAAGGGAGCACGUCUCACAAUUCAGCUGUACGAGGAACAAGACUUUGAUUUGCUCGCCGUCUCUGUGCCUGGUGAUCGCUAUUUUUAUCUCAUUCCCACGGAGGUGCUGGUGCAAAGGGGGAAGGUGAGGGGAAAUGGAGAGAGACGCAAGUGCAGCGGCUCGUCAUUGUACCUGUGGACCCCAGAAGCACAGGUCAUGCAGAAACGCAAAGAGGAGAACGGGUGCAGAGGAAGAAAGGCUGAUUUCUGGGCGAGCGAGUAUUUGAUUGACACAUGUGCGGACGAUGGCCGAGUGGGGAGGCUGCAUGCUAUCCUUGAGGGCGCCAAGUGCUCGAAAUGACGUGACAGGACGGCUGGAUGCCUGUGUGUGC